AUAUAUAUAUGACAAGAGAUUUAGCUUGGGGUAUAUGGGUGAAACGAGUUGUAAGAAAUAAGAAUGAGUAAUGUUCAUGCAGUGUUGUUUAUGUAUCCAUUUCAGGGCCACAUAAUCCCAGCCUAUAACUUGGCCAAGAAACUAGCAGCCAAGGGCGUCCUUGCGACUCUGGUGUGCACCCAUGGCUGCUACGCCCGCAUCAUCAAAGCUCAUAAUGGUCACGAUCCUUUCGCCCACAACGUUCACAGUAUCCGUUUGGCACUUGUGUCCGAUGGAUUGCCCCAGGACUUUGACCGAUCUCUGAAUCAUCUUGAGUUCGAGGAAUCUCUGCUGAAUAAGAUGGAGUUCCACGUAGAGAAAUUGAUGGAGGAUCUGCAACGAAAAGGCCCUCCGAUCUCCUGCAUUAUCACUGACACGUUUUACGUUUGGCCAGACCGCAUAGCCAAGAAAUUUGGAAUUCCACACGUCUCUUUCUGGACAGAGCCGGCCAUGGUGUUUUCAAUAUAUUAUCACUGGGACCUCAUCAUCAAAAACGGUCAUUAUCCCUUUACAGGCGACGAGGGCGAGCUGAUAAACUACAUUCCUGGGGCUCCGGCGCUGAAGUUAACGGACCUUCCUUCCUAUCUGCAAGAGAGGGACGUAACAACGCUCACGCACAAAAGUAUAUUCCAAGCAUUUCAGUCUGCACGCGCUGCAGAUUGGAUUGUUUCCAACACAGUGGAGGAGCUGGAUAAGCAAACCAUUGAAAAGCUGCAAAUUCAGUCAGGAAUCCCAUUUUGUUCAGUGGGCCCACUGCUUCAACCCAAGGGCGAGGUGGGGACGAGCAUGUGGGCCGAGUCUGACUGCAGGAGUUGGCUUGACAGCAAGCCCAAGAACUCCGUUCUGUACGUCUCCUUUGGAAGUCACGCCCAUGUUUCCAAAGCUCAAAUUCAUGAAAUGGCCAUGGGAUUGCUGCAUAGCAAGUGGCCCUUCAUUUGGGUUCUUCGUCCUGAUGUCGUUGCCUCUGAUGUGCAAGACUUGCUGCCAGAUGGGUUUGAGGAAAAAAGCAAAGAUCAGGGUUUGGUUGUUGAGUGGGUGUCUCAAGUGGAUGUUUUGUCUCAUUCUUCUGUGGGUGGGUUUCUCACUCACUGUGGUUGGAAUUCCAUCCUAGAAAGCCUCUGGUUGGGAGUUCCCAUGCUUGCAUUUCCUCUCCUGACAGACCAGUAUACAAACUGCAGGCUCAUUGUCCAGCAAUGGGGAGUGGCAAUGAGUCUGGGUCACAUUUCUAGAAGUUCCAACAACUUGAGGUCCACACUGGUGCUUCGCCAGGAGAUCGCCCUCACAAUAACAGAGUUUAUGAAUAUGGAUGGCCAAGAGGGGAAAAGACUUAGGUGUAACAUUGGGAGUGUUAGAGACGUUAUGAAGAAAGCAGUGAUGAAUGGAGGGUCAUCUCAAAACAAUUUGGAAGGAUUUAUAGACUACUUGAAAGGGAUAGAGCUGAGCCAUUUUUCUUCAGAGUAAGUCCCACAUAUGAACCGAAUGAGAGGAAUGUUUUUUACAGGGAAGGAAGGUCAAGUGUUAGACAGGGUCCAGUAAGUGAGUCCCACAUGUGAAGCCAAUUAUAAGAGUGUUUUAUAGGAAGGAAGUCAGGUGAAGGGUUAGAGAGGAUCGAAUAAACAUACAUUUGUAG